CCCACCAAAACGCCUCCUUUUACCCUUUCUCUCCCUCUGUCUCAAAUAUAAUUUCUUUUAAUCUUUAGAGAGGAAAACGGAAGAAAACAUAAAGAGAUGGGGAGGAAGAGAAGUUCACCAGUGACCCAGCUGCUCGUAUGGAUUAAAGGGCAGUCGAUGAAGGUGAAGAUCUUCCUCGCAGCAAUGCCUUUGCUAUUUUCUUUGGUGGCAUUGACGCUUCUGGUGAAAGAUCACAAUCACUUUUUUAUUGCCUCUGAACUCAUCCAUGUCGCUGGGAUUUCUGUCUUGGUUUAUAAGCUUACUACCAAGAAAACAUGUUCUGGCCUUUCACUGAAGUCUCAAGAACUCACAGCAAUAUUCUUAGCUGUAAGACUUGUCUGCAGUUUCAUGUUGGAAGGUGACAUUCAUACAUUGCUAGAUUUUGCCACCCUCAUUUUUACUGCAUGGGUUAUAUUCAUGAUUCGAUACAAGUUGAAGUCAACUUAUAUCAAGGAGCUAGAUAACUUUCCAAUCUACUAUAUGGUGGUGCCGUCUGCCAUCCUUGCUGUGUUAAUCCAUCCAUAUAACACACAUAUAUACAUAAGUCAAGUUCUCUGGGCCUUUUGUGUUUAUUUGGAGGCAGUUUCAGUGCUGCCACAGCUUCGUAUGAUGCAGAAAGCAAAGAUGAUUGAACCAUUCACAGCCCACUAUGUAUUUGCACUGGGCGUGGCAAGAUUCCUGGCGUGCGCUCAUUGGAUCAUCAAGGUUUAUGAGACUGGGGGCAGAUAUCUUUUCUUGGUCGGAGCUGGGCACUUUUGGUUCCCCGUGGCUGUCUUUGCAGAAAUUGUUCAAACCUUCAUCUUGGCAGACUUUUGUUACUAUUACAUUAAGAGUUUCAUGGAGGGCCGACUGAUAAUGAGGAUGCCAAUUUAGAAAUUUUAAAUUUAAACGGUAAUAAUGAAUAUUCAGUUCAUCUGUUUUCAAGUUUUUUUAACUCAAAACAAGCAUAUGGUGCAUGUCUUUUUCUCCUAACUUUGAGAUAUAGUACAAACCAAAACAAUUUUUGAGACUUAAGUCAUACAAGUUUAAUGCAACUUUGGAAGUGAUUGCUAGGGUUUGAGUGUUGAGAUACAGUCAUUCAUUCCAACGAAGAUAUUGGGCACACAAUCUUCGUUGGCGUGCUGCAGUGAAAUCCAUCAUCUAUCAUCUACCAGUUAUUGAAACUCAGCCACUUGAGUGUACUGUAGUUUUGGGCGCCUGAGAACCGGACAACUGGUUUUUCUUCUUGUCGUUUUCUCUGGGAUGAAAAUUUUCAAAAUUUUUAAAAUAAUUUUUCUUGAGCGAAAGGGGAUGGGAAGAGAAGAGAAAACGGCGCAAAGGGAGGCAAGCGGAAGGAUCGGUGGCCUGAACAGCAAAGAGAGAGUGGAGGAAGGAUGAGAGAAAGAAAGGAUUUCGAACGGAGCAAAAGAUUCUGCCCACAAUAAGGGCUCAAAGUUUAAACCCGCCAUUCAAGUGAUCCUAGCUCACAGUUUUUAAAAAUAUACAGAGAAAUUUGAGAGAGAUAGGCUUUAAAAAUAAUAAUAAAGUGUACAGUACCAAUA